GAAAUAUUCAUUGAACUGAGAAAGCAGAAAAACAAUAGUUACGCUUACGUUAAUUCAAUGAAGAUUAACAUUUGUUACGCAAUUGCCUAUUUAGGGUUGUUUAUUUAUAAGAUAUUCCUCCGAAAUAAAUAGUAUAAAUCGGAAUAAAAAACUAUUCAAAUUUAUUCAUACUAUUAAUACUACAGUACUAUGAAUGAAUCUGAACUAAAUGAAUUAAAUGCAAAGUUAAAUCCGGAAUUACAACAGUUAUUUGAUAGGUAUGGAAGAUGUGAAGAAUGUAAUCAAAUAAUGACAGAUUUCAAUUGGUGUUACACAUGUAACGUAGAACGUUUUCGAAAAAAUUUUAAUAAUUGGACUAGUGGUAACAGAGAUAUUGAUAAAUUUAUUCAAGAAACUCAACUAUCUGCAAAGCAACAUUUUAAUAUAUUAGAGUGGAUAUCCUAUGAAAGUUUUCGCGACAUUAAAUAUAUUGCAAAAGGAGGGUUUGGCAAAGUAUACAGAGCAAAGUGGAAGGAUGGAUAUAUAUUUAUGUGGGACAAUAAAAUUCAAAAUUGGGGUAGACUUCAGCCAAAUAUGUUUGUAGCAUUAAAAAGUUUAAAUAACUCAAAAAAUGUUACAUCGGCAUUUAUUAGCGAGGUAUAA